AUGUCGGCAUUGCAGACAUUCCUGCUGGUCGUGGACCAUGACAAGGAGGAGGCUAAGCAGAUUGCUGAACGAAUUGCUCAAGAUGUGGAGACCAAGAAAACAACCCUUAUCGAAGUUGUUCAGUCUUUGGGGGAGUACAUCAACGAUGAGGAUCCGAUCUUGCGAGGCAAAGCAGUUUCCUAUCUUACGGCUGUGAUUAAAUCACUCCCGCCUAAAUUCCUUUCGAGACAACAAAUUCAAGUCCUAACUACCUUCUUCUGUGACCGUAUCGAAGAUGGAGGAGCUGUCGCUGGGCUGGAUACACUUCAGAAAUUGGAUCGCUUCAACAAAGCAUUGGCAGAGGAUGUAGCGCAAGCGAUUUUUGAACGUUUUCAAGACCUCCAGUCUCGAUCACAAUCCCAGAGGUUCCAGGUCUACCAGUUACUAAAUGAAUUGAUGGUAAAGCAUCGUUCGGCUCUCCACGAUAUGGGAGAGCACUCGCUGGUUGGAAUAGUGGACCUUAUGACAGGCGAAAAAGACCCAAGGAACCUCAUGCUUGUGUUUUCCAUCCUGAAGGUCGUGAUGAUGGAGUGGGACAUCUCCAACCACGCUGAGUUACUUUUUGACUCAGUAUAUAACUACUUUCCGAUCACAUUCAGACCACCGCCGAAUGACCCAUACGGCAUUACAGCCCAGGAUCUGAAAGAUCGUCUACAAGAGUGUAUUUCAUCGACGAGCCUGUUUGCCCCACAUUCUAUUCCAUCUUUGUUGGACAAACUUGACUCGACGUCACCGAAUGUUAAGAAAGAUGCACUUAAUGCAUUGAUUGCCUGUAUCAACUCUUACGACCCGGAUACUGUGUCCAGAUAUUCUAUUACGAUAUGGGAUGCCUUGAAGUUCGAGGUGCUCAAUGCCCAGGAGGAGCUUCUAUCUGAGCUGUCUUUGCAGGCUCUGCAAGACAUUGCCAAGCGAUUAUCAGAAGGUGUCACGCAGGUCUCUGAUCUGUUGCCUCUUGCACAAUACAUGCGGCCAAUUACUAGGGAAUGUAACGACCAAUUACGAGAGCCACAGCAGAAACAAGCCAAGCCUGCACAGCAGAUUCUAGGCUUCAUAUCCGCGGCGUCCUUUGCAUCAUUUAUGUUGGCUGUACAAGCAGUUGUCGCUCCACUUCUGACGGUCUAUCAAGAAGCCGAUGGCAUCGCUAAGCAAAGGGCUCUCCUGGACACAUUGGUGGUUCUUUUUGAUUCCGCAAUCAAGAUUUUCGGUGAAUGGGCGACCCGUACCCCUGAGACGAAUGCGGAAAACCCUCUACUUGAGUUUAAAGACCAGUUUUCGGACAUCUUUGGCCAGGCUUUAAUGGGCGUGAUCAAGGAAGAGGUGUCAUUCCGUGUCUCGGCUCUGAAGGGUUUGUUACGUCUUUCCACCAUGCGCAAUUUCUUCCAAGAUAAUGAAGUGGGGUUGUUUGUGCAGUAUCUUGACGAAAUCCUUCUAAAGGAGGAAUCCAUAGGCCGAGAUGACCUAAAAAAAGAAGCAAUCGCGGCUUUGACUGAGAUUUCAAAACACAAACCGAGGCUGAUCAUGGAUAUCACUUUCCCUGCCUUUGUGGCCACACUUCCUGACUUUGAUGAUGGGACAAACUCCAAUUACCUACCAACACUUGAAAGCCUCGCACAAAUAAGUGUCGAGAAGGAUAUUUUUGAGACAUUAGUUCGUCGCUUACUUAGCAAGUUGAAUAUCUUGCUGCAGAAAGAACAGCCAGGCUCUGUAGCCUACCCAAGGGCAAUCCUUAUUACGAUUCUUUAUGUCAUGAGCCAGAGAAAUAUGGAUCAAGAUCCAAAUCUGGAGCUGUACUAUGACAAGAUAGUGGUUAGCUUGUGCCGCCAUGCUGCGGUUUCAGCUUCAGGAAAGGCUAACAACAAUGUUUUGAACGAUGCUACGGUCCUGGAUACGCUUGGAAGACUCUGUAACCUCAUUGUCCGGGCGCUUCCGAGAAAUAAGCAGGAUGAAGUUGCGGAGAGCGUCUAUACGCUGUACUCUUCCGCUGACGACUUUUCACCAGUUCCAUUUUCGCAAUCAGCUAGUGAUGAUCAGCAGCGUACGAUGAUUAUUUCAACGUAUCUCCUUGCAGGGCUCCCGACGGAUUGCGCUAAUCUCCCUUAUACCAGCCCCAACAUGUCUGCUUUGCUCUUCGAUGUGGUAAAACGGUCUACCACUGAAUGCGUACCUGCAACCCAUCUUGCGCUCUUGCGCCAUCUUGCUCUUUUAGUGAACAAGUUCCUACCCAAGUCCGAAUUGAGCCUUGCAGCAGAGUUGUUCGACACUAUUCUCCCUGCUAGUGCUGAGGGGAAGAAACUUAGUCCUGAGCCUAUCAAAACGCUUUUUUGGCUUUCAAAAGCCCUUAUUUUGCGUCUUGCUCCAAAGACAACAGAUCUUCUAACCUCUUUGCUGUCGCUUCUCUCAUCCCAAGACGAAGUAACCAGUACCACAGCUGCUCGCAGCUUCGCAAUUCUCCUUAGGGAUGACGACGUGCUCUCCGCCACGAACGGAGCCAACAUCCGUCUACUAUCGAAACAACGUGUUUUCACGACUCUGGUGCCUCUCAUCUCAAGCAAAAUCCGCGAAGUCAAUGUUGCAGGUAGUGACUCUCCAACCCCCGGGCAUAUCAAGCCGGCACACUUAACGGCUUUGUCUGGAAUUCUAUCCACCAUCCCCCCUUCUCUGUCUGUCCGAACCGCAACCCUCGAGACCCUUGCCGUCAUCAUUCGCGACAGUGGUGUCGGGGUCAUUGAAGAAUGCGGCCACAUCCAGAGCCUGGUAACCCGCCUCCUCAAAACAGCAGAACAUAAACCCGCGAGCGAUAAGGCUGCCGCAGUGAACAGUCCCCGACUUCGUGUCGAUGCCCUAAAGUGUCUUUUCUUGCUCGCGCAGACACCAGCCUCUGAUGCCCCCGCCGUUGCUAAGGUAGGGAAACUAUCCCCACUUCUACCGGUAAAGGCACAGGUCGUUCGGGCUUUGGGUUUCGUUCUGGACGACCCGAAACGUGAUGUGCGUAAAGCUGCUGUUGAUGCUCGAGGUGCCUGGCUCAGGGGUGUGGAUGAUGCUCCUGAUGACGAUGAGUAA